AUGAACAAACUGUCUGGGAACAAUUCGACGGGGAUGAACAGCUCUUUAACCAAGUGGUCAUUCAACGAUGGCGGCUCUUUUCAACAUUUGGACCCCAGCGAGCUGAGGGUCCUGGUGCCGGCCAUCCUGGGCAUCAUUUGUGUCCUGGGCUUGGCAUGUAAUUUAACCGCCAUGGCCAUCUUGUUUUCCAACGCCCACAAGGGCAAACUGUCCCUCAUCAACUCCCUCAUCUUCAACUUGAUGUUCGCCGACAGCCUGGUGCUGCUCUUUACCGUGCCCUUCCGGGCCGCCUCCUACUCCAGGGCCAGCUGGACUCUGGGCUGGGUGGUGUGCAAGACGUCCAACUGGUUCUUUCACUCGUGCCUGGCGGCCAAGAGCUUCACGGUGGCCGUCAUGGCAAAAGCCUGCUACCGCUACGUGUCCAACCCGACCAAGCAGGUGAGCAUCCACCUUGGUUCCAUCCUCGUGGUUUUCUUCUUCAUCUGGCUGUCGGCUUGCAGCGUCCCCAUCCCUCUCUGGCUCUUUGCCACGCUGCAACGAGGGCUCCACGGGCUCAUGUGUGUGCUGCAUGUCCCCCCUGAAGCAUGGGGGUUCAUGUUUGUGUACAUAAAGGCGUACCCACUGGGAGUGUACUGUGCCCCCCUCAGCUUUUCCCUGAUGUACUUCUGGAAGGCUUACAGCCAGUGCCAGCGCCGCACCAGUAAGACUCAGAAUCUCCGCACACAGAUCAGGUCCAGGAAGCUCACCUUGAUGCUCUUCAACCUCACCAUAGCCACUGCCAUCCUCUGGCUUCCACAGUGGGUGGUGUGGGUUUGGGAGCGCCUCUCGGCAGACGGAGCGACAGGAGGAUCGCAGAACUUCAUCUCACCUCCUCCUGUUCUCAUCGCCCUCUCGGCACAGCUGCUCACCUUCUCGCUGUCGCUCAUCAACCCCCUCAUCGUGGUCUGCCUCUCCGAGGAGUUCCGAGAGGGCUACCGCGGGCUGUGGAGGCGCCUCACCCUGCGCAAGCAUCCUCCCUCCAAGCCCGGACCUCACAAACCCACCUCGCUCCAGUCACCUUGUCCCAGACCAGAGACCUCUGGCCAGCAGAGGAGUGAGAGGAGCAUUGGAUCAUCAAGCACCAAGCCGGAAACCAGCAGAGAUGCCCAAGGCGCAGUGAGAGGAGGAGGCGAUGUCGACAAAGAUGGGCUCAUCCUGCCCGACGUGGAGCAGUUCUGGCACGAGAGGGAGUCCGGAUCACAUUUGGAUGAAAAUGACCCGGUGCCGUGGGACCAUCAGGACCACCACGAGAGAAAUUAACGACCAGCUAAUCCUCAGAAUGAUAUCAACAACAUCUUUCUUCUCUCCACGAAUUGGACUGCACAAUGUAAUCACUGAUGUUCUGUGUAUUUCUGUGUUCAUCUUUUGUGGGGUGCAAUUAGUGUGGAAUACAACUAAUUGUACAGUAGUACUAUCUGUUUAAAUUAUUGCUCAUUGUUGGUUGGAUGAGGAUAAAGUAUUUGUGUCAAUAUGUAUAAAAAAUCUAAACUGCAUGUAAAGUAGACAGACAAUUAAGCCCACAAUUAUGUAUAUAACUGGGCCUAAUUUUGAGUAAGUGAAUGUUUCUAUUUUUUGAAUGGUCAUGUUCUGGCUGGUAAUGACACAAAAAUGGCAAAAGAUAAGGAGAUUUAUCAUCAUUUGUACAGGCACAGAGCAGUUACGGGUAUAUGGGGAAUUUCUUGUGUAUGUCUUCUUGAGUCAAUUGAAAUUGAAAUAAUAGGCAGAAAAAAAGGCAGAUUGCAAAGUUGAACUACAAUAAAAAGUUGAAAAGGACAAAAUGUUAAUUUAAAAAGAGAAUUCUAUUUUCAUUUUUUUAAAUACAUUUUGACAUUUUCCACAUCCCAAAUUAUUCAGUGUGCUCUAAAUGUAUAGUUCAUUCGAUGUGUCGAAUAGAUGUGUUUUCUCAAAAUUAUCAAGGAAAUCAAUCCUUUUCAAUUUCAACAAUUUAGUAUUUUGCCACUUUCUUGUGUCAUUUCCUGCUAGAGGACAUCCAUUCAACAAGUAAUAAUAAUAAAAUAAUAAUGAUUUGGGGCUUAUUACAUUAAACCUAUGUAUUUUUCCGUCAGUGAAUGCUGUUUGUAAAGUGCAGCUUUUUUGAAGUACGUACAGUGAAAAAUGUUAGUUCAUUCUAUUUAAUAUUGACCUGGCUCCUCUUGGAAACACGUUUAACCCAGUUUAUCUUAAAUGUCAGUGUUUUUUGCACUUGUGGAAGUCUGUAAUUCCAGUCUUGUUCUUUUCGCAUUCAUA